GGAAUCGAGGUUUUAGUUCGGUUUUAGCUCUGAUUCCGUGUGGACGCUUCGCCCUCGACCAGCGUCUAGUAUCCGUAUCGGUCCGUUUCUUCGAUUUGCGCGUCGCAUGGAGCCCCGCAUACAUAUAUCCGAAUACGCACAGGCACACACGCACACCCGCACACAGAUAGAGUGUAUGCACAGUGGAGUCGACAGCAGCAGCCGCUACAGCGACAGCGACAACAACGCCAAAUUAUCGAGUCGCGCCAAAAGUGAUGGCAAUUGCGAAUCUUAAAGAGAUUCCCGCUUAUCCCUAAAACCCGCCCAAAAAAAAGUUGAAAGAACUGUCCCCGCCAGUGCUCAUGCCCGUGCCUCCCUCCCUCACACGCACACCAUUUCGGUUACGGGUUCGGUGCCCCUCGUCGUCCGCUGUCGGUACCUCUAUCGCCAUCGUCGUCGUCGUGGUCGUGGUCGUGGUCGUCGGCGGUCAUGUCACAUGUCCUGGUGGCUCCCGUUGCUGUCCUCCUGUGCCUCUGACGCCGCCGCCACCGUUUCGGGGCGGCAGCCGGGAUAAUGCGGCGUUAGGCCCAGAGACUCUUGCGCGAGUGUCGUUGUCGGCUGAGAAUUGAAAUUGGAAAUUGUUGUGGCAAAGGCAAAGUGGUGCGAGUGUAACACGCCGAGAAACCAAAAUAAAUGUGUGGCAGUGGCAACAGCGGUGACUGCUGCUGCUAGUUAUAGCUUCUAGUUCCAAGUGCAACGACGACAACAGCAGCAACAUCUGUAGAGACAAUAACAGAAGCCACCACUAGUGUUAGAAUAAAUGACCUGCAACAUGGCUUUGAAUCCGGUAUUAACAAAAGAAGAGGCACACCAGCAACAGCAACAGCAACAACUGCAACACCAGGAGUUUCAGCAACUUCAACUGCAAAAACAAAAGCAACAGCAGCAGCAGCAGCAACAAACCAAAUGGCAGCAACACGCAACGAAAAGUUGACGAUGCCAUCAACAUUGGAUUAAAAAUCUUCAAAUUCUGGGAAUGGCUGUCAUCGCCCUGUCCCUGACCGGACCCGGCCCCGCCCCCUGCCAUGCCCAGCAGCAAAAGUUCCGCACCACGCCCCACGAUCUGCAAGUACUGGAGGGCGCCGAGGCCAUGAUGCGUUGCGAGGUGACCAAUGUGGCCGGAGCCGUGCAAUGGACAAAGGACUGCUUUGCCCUGGGCUUCUCCGCCGUGAUCCCGGGCUUUCCGCGCUACUCUGUGCUCGGCGACCGGAAGCAGGGCGUCUACAAUCUCCGCAUCUCGAAUGCCUCCAUCAACGACGACGCGGAGUACCAGUGCCAGGUGGGACCUGCGCGCCUCAGCUCCGCCAUCAGAGCCAAUGCCAAGCUGACUGUCAUAUGUAAGUACGCUUAUUGCCUUCUACACUGGGAAAAAACUUUCCAAACAUCGAGGCCGUGAGGGAAGGCCUCCAAA